UACGUCACUGCUCUCCGCACUAUUCCGCUGCCAGCAGCCGGACCGCCUCAGACAGCUGAGGAUCCAAAAACAAGACAGCCCGUUUAUUGACCUUUCUAUUGUGCGCAUACAAUGGCGAAGACGUAUGAUUAUCUUUUUAAGUUGUUGCUUAUCGGUGACAGCGGUGUUGGCAAAACGUGUCUGCUGUUCAGAUUUAGCGAAGACUCUUUCAAUACCACCUUCAUAUCCACCAUAGGAAUCGAUUUUAAAAUCAGGACAAUAGAGCUGGAUGGAAAGAGAGUCAAACUUCAAAUUUGGGAUACUGCAGGCCAGGAGAGGUUUCGCACCAUCACCACAGCUUACUACAGAGGAGCGAUGGGAAUUAUGCUCGUCUACGAUAUCUCCAAUGAAAAGUCAUUUGAAAACAUUAAAAACUGGAUCCGAAAUAUAGAAGAGCAUGCCUCAUCAGAUGUUGAGAAAAUGAUCCUGGGUAACAAAUGUGACAUGACAGACAGGCGACAGGUGUCCAAAGACAGAGGUGAAAAACUGGCUAUUGAUUAUGGUGUUAAGUUUCUGGAAACCAGCGCAAAGACCAGUCUAAACGUAGAGGAGGCCUUUUAUAGCAUGGGGAGAGACAUACUGCACAAUCUCAGCUCAAAGACAACAGACACCAAUGGUGGCGCAUCAGGCAAACCCAUCAAGAUCACCGAGAAAAAGUCCAAGAAGAUCAAGUUCUUGAAGUGUUCCCUCCUCUAGAUGACUCACUAAAGUGUUUAUUCCCCUUUGCUCUUUUGGAGACGGCGGCGGGGGAGGGGGGCUCACUUCCUUAUAUGGUGUCAGCAGACGUCGCGUUAAGGAGGGGGCCUCGCUGCCAAUUGGAGCCCGCAGGUUCACGAGAGGUCCGUUCCAACUUGAAGAUGCUCCAUGAGGAACCAGGCAUGAAACGGUGCUGGUCAGCCAUGGUUUGUUUGUAGCUUGCUGAGCCCUCAGAGGAGUCUCCUUUUUUGUGUUCUGCGAUACCUCAGUUAUUCACUUAAGUAUCUCAGCAAACCAUAGUGUUCUUAUUAUACAUGUCCAACGAUGACACUUUGUAGCAGUAUUUUACACCUUGUGCCAAAUUGACCACGAGGACAAGACCCGCAUAUCACGUCUGAGCAUUGAUUGUAUUUGUGUCAGUGUAAAUUCAUGUGCAUUGAAGGUGUUAGAAUAGACAAUAUGUGUAACGUCAACAUUCUGUUUUUUUGUAAUUGAUUUAUUCAUCACUGCCAAGACAGAGCAGAGCUAAGAAUGAAGAUGCAGUGAAUUCAUACUGUGAUGCCAUCGUGAGUAUUUGCAUGAAAGCUGUUGGAAUAUAAGCACAUUGUACACUACCUAGAGAGACGAGAGUUUACAGUCUGUAUAUGAAAGUGGUUGUUGAGUAAGUCUGUUGGAGGUUCAUGUCAUGGUGCAAUAGUAUUGACAUUCAGGAGGUUUUCUUCACAUUAAAAGACAGGGAAGCUGAAAAGUGGAUGACUUUCUUUGUUCACGCUGGUAAGUAAAAGAAGUGAAUGAGUGAACUGGUAGAUAUUUUUUCAUAAGAGUCCUCCGUAGUCUUUAGUAGGGAUGCUCCGAUCAGGUUUUAUGCUGCCGAUUCCAAUACCCAUCAACCAAGAGUGAAAUGAGCCAAUAUCGAUCACAUAGAUUAAGUACACAUUUUUACAUUUCCUAUUGGCUGUAUGAUAUGAAAAAGGGAACCAUCACCUUCAUUUAGGCGAAAACAUAUUUGACUUAUGAACAUAUAUCACUGGUGAAACUUCCCGAGGAUGAGACUUUGGAUGUGAAAUGAUGUACAUUGGUGGAGCUCUAGCCGGACUUCCAGUAGCACGUGGGUGGGUUCCAAGCGAGAGAGCAGCCGGCGAACCCGGUGUCUUCCACCGCAGACGAAGGACAGUCAUCUC